AUGUCCCAAAAAGUCUGGACCCGCCAACACCCCGCAGGCUUCGGCUUGGAGAAGUCACUCGCCGCUGUCCGCGACCCUGCCGCCGCUCCAACUCCGAUCCCUUCGCCGCCUCGCGACGUCGAAGUGAUUCAACAAGAGUGUGAUUCCAUCACCUUUGAGUCCUUUACAUAUGAGGAUGCAUUUGAACUAGGGCACCUCCUUCACGCCCGGCUUCUCCCUUUCGCCCUCGUCAACAAGAAGCCCACAGUCAUCUCAAUCGCACUGGCAAAUAGCCAACAGGUACUAUUCCAGACGGCUGUCGGAUCCGGGUCUCUUCCAGACAACGAGACGUGGGUGCAGCGCAAGCGCAACGCCGUGCUCCGAUGGGGCUGCAGCACCUGGCUCCUUCACAACAAGCUGGGCGGCGAUGAGCAGCUCUUUGCCUCCAAGUUUGGCAUGAGCACGGAGCAGGCUGGAAAUUACGCCAUUCACGGUGGCGGCGUGCCCAUCCGUGUGCAAGGAGUUGAGGGCGUUGUAGCUGUUGUCGUUGUCAGUGGUUUGAAGCAGGAUGAGGAUCAUGGUGUGAUUGUUGAUGUUAUUAAGACUCAUUACCAAUGA